CGGUGCAGAGAGUUAGCUGCAGUUCGUGGUCUUGGUCUGUUGGUCGUCCUUGCAGCACAGCCAUGGCGAGCUCCAAGAAACCCUCCCUCUUCAUCUCCCUGCUCCUCCUCUUGCUCGUUGUUUCAGUUGUCCAUGGAGCUCAGCCUGCAGAUGCUGGGGACACAACAGCAGCAGCAGCAGGCGGCGCCGAGCGGGUCACGGUGAGGAGCUCAGCAGGCCAUGGGCACGGGUACAGCAGCCACAGCGGCGGGCACACGAGCGGCGGCACGCCGGAGCAGGGCGGCGCGGGGGCCGUAGACCCCCGGAACCUCAACGCCAGGAGCCACCACCGCAGCGCCGCGGCGAGCAGGGCCGGCCUUGGGCACUCUUCUUCUCCGGUGGCUUGGGGGCUUGUCGGAGCGAUCCUUGCCGUGGCUCUUCUGCCAUGAAACGUUGGACGCGCAAAUGCAAUGUAUCGUGUCUGGAGGGAGGGACAGAAUGUGCGUGCGAGUGUGAAGUAAUAGUACUGGCCCCUAGAGUGAAGUUUCAAAUUUUUGGCUUUUCACGUACAAAAGCUUGAUGAGGGGCUUGUUUGUGAUGUGGUAUGGUAAAUUUUGGGUUGCCAUGUCAUGUCAUUAGACUCAUUACAAGGUUUUAAAUUUGGUUGAAAGUGUGUUUUAUUUCGCAUUCGUAUCGUGACAUAUUAUCUAAUUUUAAUGUUUCGCAAAAAAGAAUCUAAUUAUGACGAA